AUGAUCUGGUUGCUCCAGUUCCUCGAACUUCUCUCCAGCCUUGGCUCAGGGAACACAGUUUCACAAACCGAAGCACCCCCAUUACUGGUGAAUGGGGUGCUGGGGGAGUCGGUCACUCUCCCCCUGAAGUUUCCUGCAAAAGAAGAGAUCCAGUUCAUCACUUGGCUUCAUAAUUCAUCAGCUAUCAUCUUUAUACAGAUAAAGCCACCACAGAUCCAGAAUACUGAUCCACAGCGGAAAGAUCGACUGAAAGUCAUCCAGUUCUCUUCCUUGCAGAUCAAUAACCUGACAAUGGCGGACAGUGGAGUUUACCGUGCCCAGUUAACCACAAAAGCCUUAAAGAAUUAUGAUUACAAUCUGUCGAUCUUUGAACGACUGAAGAACUUACAAGUCACUAGUGACACUAAACUCUUUGAGAAUGGGACCUGUGAGAUCCAGCUGACCUGCUUUGUGAAGAAUCCAGAUGACCAUGUCUCAUUCAGGUGGCAGGCCACAGAAAGCACAAUUCUGGAGGAAGCAAACCUCACUAUCUCUUGGGACCCCAAGAAUUCCAGUGAAGAGACAUACACUUGCAUAGCUAAGAAUCCUGUCAGCAAUUUAUCCUUCUCUCUCUCUGUCCAAAGUCUCUGCAAAGGUGUUUUUAACGAAAAAAAUCAACACUGGAUUAUCAUAUGGAGUGUACUAGUGCCUUGUUUGAUCUGUAUCAUUGUGUCCUUAUUUUUUUGGAGGAAAAAAGCAUCAGGUUUUCUUUCUUCUUACUUGUCUCUUCUCCAAGGUUUCAGAGUCUGGGGUUCCCUUUACCUACCUUUUGGAAGACAGAGGAAAAGAGGGAGGAUGCGAUACUGGUUCAGCUAG